UCCAUGCUGACUCAAUGGCAGCUCGUUGUGUUCAGUAGUUUGUGCUGUUGAUUUGCUGUAACCGAGCUGGUUUACCGGAAAGUGGUGGAGAUGUUUUGGGGCGCAGCGGGUCAGCGGGGAUGUGUCGGACUUCUCCGCUGCUGGUCCCUCACAGUCCGCUCCAGGUCAUUAACAACCCCUCAGUGUCCUCUCCAUACUUCGCGGUCGUUCUCCAUCUCUGCCCCCUCCAAGUGUCCGACACAUGAGGAGGUUAACCAGCCUCUGAAGCAGUGGGCUCUGGAGGUGAGUCCCUACAGCACGGUGCGGGCACAGCUGGCCUGCAGCAUCUCCGUCCGCCCGCUGGACGUGCACGCCUUCCCGGAGGGUGACAGAGCCUUCAUCACAGUCCACGGAACAGACGCCGAGCAGGAGGUCGGUCUGGAUCACUUGCACGUCCACUACGACGACCAGAGCAAAGAGCUGCUCAUCUCAGCAGGGAAGGUUCAUAGCAGCGUGUCGAUCGAUCUGGCUGCACCUAUAAAAAGUAAUCUCUUCAUCAGCACUCACGGAAGAGGCAGUGUGCAAGUGAAGAAAAUGGAGUGUGACAUCUGCAAGGUGCAGACAGAGAAGGGCAACUGUUUGCUACACUCUGUCAAGGGUCACCAGAUUGAGGUCAAGUCCCAUGGAGGGCUUGUGACAGGUGCGGGAACCAUCCAUGGGAAUGUGGAUAUCAGCACAUGUGGAGACAGUGCAGUGGAUAUCAAGAAGCUCCAGGGCACCAACAUGAAUGUUUCAACAGAACAUGGCUCCCUGAAGGUCAAAGCCAUCUAUGCUGAGUCCAGCUGUGUCUCCUCUUGUUCUGGCAAAGUAGAACUGGGGCAUGUACACGGUAACGCCACUGUGAAGAACGUGUCUGGAGAUACGGUUAUUGAUGGUUCAAAUAGUUUCCUGAAGAUUUCCUCUCACAGUGGAGGCAUUGAUGUCUAUGUGGGAGAUGGUGGCAGCGCUGAACUCCACAGUGAGGAGGGAGCUGUGUGUGUGCGUGUCCCCUCCUCGUUGAAAGCUGGGGUGGAGCUUUGUGGAGCGUCGGUGGAUGUCAGCCCAGAUGUUGUUCUGCAUGGAGUAGAAAAUAACACAACUGAAGGCCAAACCACAGUUACUGGCUAUGUAAAUGGAGAGCCUCCAGUGGACCAGUGGGUUAAAGCUCAGGCAGACAGAGGCUCUGUCAGACUGAAGACACAAAGCUGGUUUGAGUCCCUGAAGCUGGGGAGCUGAGUUAUGAGUGACAGAAUUUCAGUUGACAGUGCUGAAUUACUGCUCUGUGGCUUUACACUUCCAGAGAGAGACAGAUUUUUACUGUCACUCCUCAACACUGGAUGUACCUUUACCUCACUGAAGUCUUUAAGGGUAUACUGCACUGUCAAUAAGGACAUCAUGUAUCAUCUAUAGUAUUUAAAAAUAUUCAAUGUGUUAAAAAUCACAGCCUGGAAAUUAUGCAAUGUAAGUGCACACACAGUGUUGGUUUGUUUUUGUGUUAAUUAGAAACUGUGUGCUUCUAUUUUUUGUAUGUUCACUCUAUGUUAUUGUAUGUCUCCUGUAUGGUAUGUAAAUAGUUUAACAAUGACUUAUCUCAAACUGUGACAACAGCAUCGAAAGUGUUUUUUACGCCGAGAAGCAAGUUCAGUCAGACACUUUCACCUCUGCCUUUUGUGCUGUCAAAUUCAAUUACACUUAUAGAUGACAAAAUAUGACUGGCAUUGACCUAGCUCUAAUCAAUCAAUCUAAUCCUCUUUGAAAAGAGUAUUUUCCCACAUGAGCAGCAAAGCUAGAAGAAGGGAACUUGUUUCCACCAGUGAGUUUCAGUCUCAGUGGAGCAGAAAGAGUCUGUGUCUCCCUGGAUAUGCAUAUAGUGUUAAUCCAUACGUUUCAAGUACCUCAGAAAAAAAUAGAAUCAAGUGAAACGCAAUUAUAAAGUGUUACGUGAACAAAUGAUAACCCAAGAUUGUAAUAGAAUUUUAAUUUAAAGAACAGAAAUAUACAAAACUCUGAGUAUGCAGACACUCCACAGACAAACCAGUGUUAAUCACAAAAUGUAGAAAUUGAAAAAAAAUUACAAUAAUUUUUAACAAGCUAUGAAAUAUCUGAAUGUUCUGUUCUGAAAUGGUGAUCAACAACAUCAAAUUUAAAGUGUUUUUUACUUUCAUGUGCAUAAAAGUAUAAAGUUUCUUAAAUAAAUAGAUUAAUUUUGGUGAUGUUAAGUGCUAAAGACACCCAGCCAACUUCUGCAUGCAUACAGUGGUUUGUGUUAUUGCUGUCGCCCUUGGUAAAUAAUUAAUGGUAGUUUCGGAGUUUAUGAACCAGCUCAGCCAUAGAGUAUAUCUGUGUUUGCAGUUUCGCUGUACCAUCCAAGGAAAAUAUCUCAAGACCAAAACUGGAACACUUGACUUUUUGAAGAGGCUGUUUCAGAUCUUAAAUUGAGAAGUUGCAGACCUUUGACUGCACAGAAUAUGUGGAGCAAUAACACAAUUGUGUCAUCUUUGUACAAAUAAAAUAUAGUGACAUAAAUUAUAAAACUAUAAAUGUUAACAGAUCCAAAACCGACCCCAGAGGUAAACUGUUUUCCUCUAAAAAUUCAGAGUGGACAUCAGAAAUGUUUAUUCACUGGCCAUCCAACAAAGUUAUUAACCCACUAGAGUCUAGCAGCGUCUAGGUGAUGGCAC